AUGGCCUCAGGAUCAUCAAGUAAUAUGGAGCUUAAGACAAACAGUCAAGAUCCAAACAUAAUUUUUGAAGAAGUAUCUCCCACCACUUUACUUGAUUCAAACAGGUUUACUUGUGAUGUAUGCCUUCAAGGGUUUCCGAGAAAGCAAAAUUUAUCACUUCACCAACGAGCUCACAAUCUUCCUUUCACCCUCAAGACAAGGGCACCAAAUGAUCCAGUGCCCAGAAAGAAGUAUCUAUGCCCCGAGCCAACAUGUGUCCACCACAACCGUUCUCAUGCCAUUGGAGACUUUGGUGGUCUUAAGAAACAUUAUUUACGAAAACAUAGUACUGAUAAAAAUUACAAGUGUGUCACCUGCUCCAAGGCAUACAGUGUUCAUGCCGACCUUAAAGCACAUGUUAGAAUAUGUGCUGGGAAAAAUAACCUUCGUCAUGGUGGUUCUCGGUCCUCAAGGGCCGGUUACUUCAAUGCUCAUCCGGAAAACUGUGAUGCAGCAGAGAAUGUGGGUGCAGGUAGAACUGUGUCACGUCCACAAACAAAUACCAAUGAAAGCAGCAGCAGCCGCAGCAGCCUCAUAGGUCCUCAGAUUUCGUUCAUCCAAAACCAAUCCAGCUCUUACCCUUUAACCACACCCUUCCAGUCUCAAUCAUGUCAGUUUGGGGCAGGCCCUAGCAGCUUCAUGACCUACCCUUCUCCUUUCAUAUCCCCAACUCCAUCCAACCAAUACCAGCAAGGGUAUCAUGAAAAUCUGAAUAUUCAGGGGGGCUGUGGGAAUGCCUUUGGAGCCACUGAAGGUAGAAGUAUGUUCUUUGAUGGUGGUUUUAUGCAUGAUCCCACAAUUUCUGGUAACUUGACACCAGCUAUGCAUAACCCUGGUCUACAAGAGAUGCUUAACCCAGUGACUGGGAGUGGUGACGCGGGCGGUUAUCCACAAGGGGGUUACCAGGGUUACGGUGUUGGCAGUGGACAAUUCGAGUACAGUGGUGGAAUGGAUAUGUUCAAUUAUCAACAACAGCAGCAACACAAUGUGAAUUUCGAUACCUCAAGCUCUUUCAACUUGACACCAGCUAGGCAUAACCUUGGACUAAAUGAAAUGUUCAAUCCUACCACUGGCAGUAGUGGCAUAGGCGGUUAUGAGCAUGGUGUUGGCGGUUCAACUUUCGAUCCCUCAAGCUCUUUUAACUUGACACAAGCUAGGCAUAACCUUGGACUAAAUGAAAUCUUCAAUCCUACCACUGGCAGUAGUGGCAUAGGCGGUUAUGAGCAUGGUGUUGGUGGUUCAACUUUCGAUCCCUCAAGCUCUUUCAGUGAAAACAUAGGAUAUAGUGCUGGAAUGGAAACGUUCAACUUUCAGCAAUAUCAGCAGCUGCAACAGCCAUUACAAAAUGUGAAUCCUGAAUAUGUGAAUGUUCACGGAGAUUUGGGCAAUAUUAGUGGAACUGGGGAAGGAAGUAGUGAUGCGGGCUAUUAUGACCAACGGAGUUACAACGGUUACAUGCCGUAG